AUGCGCGCCGUAGCCUCAUCAUUGAGCUGGAUCCACCUCUGCACCGCUCCCGUCGCCGCCUCGGCCACGACUUGCAAGUUCCUCGUGACCCCGGCGCCAAGGCAGGCGCCGCUUAGCGAGUGCGCCAUCGUCGCUCUAGGCGGGUUCUCAUCUUCCUCGGUCCAUUGCUGUGCGGCUUUCCGCACGAUCGGACACAGCGGGUCUCGCUUUAGUGCCGCCCUCCUCGCCGCGUCCCUCGCGGCCUUACAGACGAGGCAGCCCCUGAGUUCGCUCCUCGUGGCGGCGCCCGGGGUACUGCUGGUAGAGUCCUACUGGUUUUAA